AGAAACCUUGGCCGCCGCUUGCACUCCCUCUCCCUCUCCCAAAUUCAACGUUUCUCUCGUUAGAAGGUUAGAAGUUAGCAAGUGUUCUAUCCAAAAAUGGAGCAAGAUUUGUUCAGAAACCUUCCAUCUGACACGAUCAUCCAUAUCCUAUUGAGACUCACUCCCAAAAACAUUUCAACUUGCAAAUGCGUUUGCAAAACAUGGCUCAAUCUCAUUGAGAGUGACAAUUUUCACAAGUCCCAUCCCCUCGUAGUUGUUGUCUCGAUGCCGGCCAAGGAUUCAAAUCGGUUCAAUGUUUUCAAACUGGAAGACGAGCACAAGGAGGAUCUAUUCACCAAGUUUAAUUUCCCUCGAGCAUCAACAAUACAAGGUUCGGCCAAUGGUUUGCUUCUUUUGAAAGAUGACCAUAAAGAUCUUUAUGUAUGUAACCCGUUCACCCGUGAUUUUGUUGAGCUUCGUGGGCCUCCUACUAGCCCUCUUUGGGGAGAUUAUUAUGGAUUUGGAGUCAGCAAAAUUACCGGACAACAUAAGAUUGUCUGUCAUAAUGUUAAAACCGGUUUUCAAGUAUACGCUCUUGAAGCGGGUUCUUUGUGGAGGGGCGUUGAAGCUGCCAACCCCUCGUUUGAUCGCUGUUAUACCUCCGUUGGUGCAUAUGUUAGUGGCAAUCUCCACUGGUUGGUCUCAAAUAGGAGGGGAAUUCCUUAUGUUUGUUGCUUUGAUCUUGAGACAGAACGUUUUAGCACUUUCUCCGUGCCUCCUAAAAGCGUAGGAAUCAAGGGGAGGUUGUGUACUUUGGGGGAUUACCUGUGUUUUUACAACGAUGAAGCAUCUUAUAAUUCGUUCAUAUGGUUGUUGAAGGAAUAUGAACAAGCGGAGAAAUGUUGGAUCAAGGUCAUGAGAGUACCUCAUCUUGGUAUAUUUUCCAGUAGGCAUACUGAUGAUGGAGAUUACUGCAAAAAAUUUGUUCAUCCUAUCAAAGUUUAUAGAAACGGUGACAUGUUGUUAUUAUGGGAAGGGAGGCAUUUCUUAUACUACUCUGGCAAGAGUAGAAAGGUUAGAAAAGUUGAUUCGUUUGGACAUAUAUCUGAAGAUUGUUGGUACAGAAUCAACUCAAUUCAUCUAACUCCAAGAUUUCUUCCCCUCAAAAGAAUUCUGGGCAUGGAGAAUAUAAUCUCAUUUUGAUUUUAGAAUUAUUCUUUUCUCUUUCUUACUAUCAUUUUACUUGUAUUGAUUACUUUUGUUCAUUUAGUACCAUCGAUUUUUAAUA